AGUAGAACGUGGGAUAAAUUCAUGAAUCUGCUAUAAAUCCCUGAUUCUGCCAAUCAGACCUAGUGCCUGCGCAAGGGAUGCUGGUCUACAAAAGAAAGAACCGCUUGAGUAACUCUCUACAGACCUGUUAGUCUAACGUUAGCAACAUUAAAGGAUGAGCGCUUCAGGAAAACCCCUGCUGGGACUCUGGCUCUACAGAAGCGGUGAGAAUUGGGACACCAAGAACGAAGUUCCCAUCCAAAAGGCGCUCGAUCAGGACCCUCUUAAGGAGGAGAAAACCAAACAGACGUCCAAGGAGCUAGAAAGAAUAUCCAUUAUAUUCUCUCUGAAAAAUCAAGUGGGCGGACUGGUGAGAGCACUUCAAGCGUUCCAGGACCUGGGAAUCAACCUACUCCAUAUCGAGUCCCGUCCUUCCAACACCACCGAGAAUGAGUCCGAUUUCUUCGUGGAUAUCGAAUGCGAUAUGCAUCAGCUGCAACAGGUUGGCGUCCUUCUGCGGAGAGAGGUCCAGACUAUGGUGAUAGGGUCUUAUCAGAAGAGGGAGAACGAGUUCUCGCCCCCUAUCCCGCUAUCGGCAACCGCAAGUUUCGAUUUCGAAGACGUACCAUGGUUUCCAAAACGAAUUCAAGAUUUGGAUCUAGCACAGAAUGUUUUGAGAUAUGGAUCAGCUUUAGAUGCGGAUCAUCCUGGUUUCAAGGACCCAGUGUAUAGAGAACGUAGGGAGCACUUUGCCAGAAUAGCGAACAAUCAUAAAUAUGGACAGCCAAUUCCUACAGUCAAAUAUACGGAUGAGGAAAUAAAAACAUGGGGCACUGUCUUCAGGGAGCUUCACAAGCUCUAUCUCAAGCACGCCUGCAAGGAAUACUUGGAAAACUGGCCCCAACUGGUCAAGUAUUGCGGUUACAGGGAAGAUAAUAUCCCUCAGCUUCAAGACGUCAACAACUUCUUAAAGAGGAAGACGGGUUUUCAGCUGAGGCCCGUAGCUGGCUAUCUCAGUCCAAGGGACUUCCUGUCUGGUCUGGCUUUCAGGCUGUUCCACUGCACCCAGUACAUCCGUCAUUCCUCUGAUCCAUUUUAUACACCGGAACCGGAUUGCUGCCAUGAACUUCUAGGGCAUAUGCCGCUGUUAGCAAAUCCCAGCUUUGCACAGUUCUCUCAAGAAUUGGGACUGGCAACACUUGGGGCUUCUGAGGAGGAUGUUAACAAAUUGGCGACGUUGUACUUUUUCACAAUAGAAUUUGGGUUGUGCAAACAAAACGGAGAAAUGAAAGUUUACGGUGCCGGCCUGCUCAGCUCUGUGGCCGAACUGACGCACGCCAUAACUCAUACGGACAAAAUAAGAAGAUUCGACCCGAACGAGACCUGCAAGCAGGAAUGCAUCAUCACGUCCUACCAGCACGGCUAUUGGUACACCGAUUCCUUCGAGGAGGCCAAAGAGAAGAUGAGGGCCUUUGCAGAGAAGAUUCACCGCCCCUUUGGUGUCCGUUUCAAUCCAUACACCCAAAGCGUUGAAGUUUUGAGCAACGAGCAAAAAAUUGAGGCUGUCGUAUCCGAGCUACGGGGUGAUUUGUGCAUUGUCAACAGCGCCUUGAAAAAGAUCAGCGAACGAGAUGGCAACUUGGAUAUUCAUCGUUUCGAAGAACUUCUGCGUAAGGGUCUACAGGUGGAGAAUGGAGGAGACAAUGACCACCAAUAACAAUGUCUAAAAA